GAACAAGGAAAAUGGCGGACGGAAAUCUGGAAACGGUGGAAAAAAGAAUUUCAUUACUUGAAAAUCUUGUGUUUGGAACUUCUGAAAAAGACGCCCUUUAUCCAAAAGACUCCAAAUCUAAAGACCAGUGUAUACACAGUCUACUGAAUGCUCAUGCUGAAGUUAAGAAGGCAACAGUAGGGAAGAAGGCUAUUCCUAAAGUCUACAACAGAUUGACAGAAUUGAGGAAGUAUUUAGAUCCAGCUUACACAGAUGAAAUGACCUUGUCAGAUGAGGCUAUAACAGAUAUUAUAUUAGCUGAGGAAGAUUUCCUAAAUCAGCAAGCAAAUAGAUUGGAACAAAUGGAAGGAUUAAAAGAAAUAUUAGACAGUGCUCAUAUAAAGGGCAUGCCUUCACAUUCAUCAAAACUACAAGAACUGAGUAAAAUCCAGAUUGACCAACAGGACAAGACAGGAUUAUUUACAGAUGAUGUUAAGUGUUGUAUUAUACAUUACAGGACAAGACAGGAUUAUUUACAGAUGAUGUUAAGUGUUGUAUUAUACAUUACAGGACAAGACAGGAUUAUUUACAGAUGAUGUUAAAGGAUUGCUGGAGAAUUACAAUACUAUUGUAUCUUUAGUUUCCAAACAACUUAUACAAUGGGACCAAAUGGUUACUAAAGUAGAAAAGGCCAAACAGACCAAGAAAUCAUAGAACUGAAUCUCUUAGAUACAUUUAAUAGUGCAAUAUUUAUUAUAUAAUUUAUCAUGUAUAUUUUGCCAUUUUUGUGGAAAAGGAUUAAUUGAGUUGUGCUUACAAUAAAGGGUUAAAGCUA